GGAGCAGUUCUCCUUUGUCUUAUAGGGUUGUUAUAAGUGGGCAUCAACUUGACUGCAAGAAGUCUGGUUUGGUUUUUGGUUUCCAGAUCUAGAACUUGGUAUAUGAUAUUUUAGAUGUUAAUUUUGUGACUAAUCAAGUUCUUUGUGUUGUUUGUUGUGCCACUGAGGACUGUUGUGUGAUUAGCCUACAUUAUUGUAGUAUUUACACUUAAAAGAUGGAGAGAAGUUUUCGUGCUGAUAAGCAUCAUUUGGACAAAUCUACAAUGUACAUAUUUUAAAGAAAUAAAACAUACAUUGAAAGCAAUUAAAAAAGAGGCAAAAAUCAAGCUUCUUUUAUUGAAAAUUUUUCCAUCAUGAUACUAUUAAUUACUUUUUAAGGACAGUUAUCAUUGGGCCCAGCAUCAAUUUAUAUAUAUUUAGCCCUACCAGACAUUAUUGACUUCUUGAUGUGAUAAAAUAGGGUGCACACAGCACCACCUUUAAAGAUUCUUGCAUAAAAAAAAAUUGAACCUGAAACUAAUGAAGCUUCUAGAUCUAAUUACCAAUCUCACAGGGAAGUGGGAAGAUAGAAGAACAAUGUAAAUGACACUGUGGGGGAAGCAAUCAGGAUAUUCUACAGGCAAAGGAAUUGGAUGAAAUAAAAGGAGAUGAGACUUUAGUAAUAAAUAUACCACUUAACAAAAUGCAGUAUGUGGACCUCGAACCUUGAUUCAAAUGAACCAACUACAAAAAGAUGUCUUUGAGACAAUCAGGGAAUUUGAAUAUGCACUGGUUUUUACUAGGUAUUAGAUGGUACUAAGGUAUUAUCUGUACUAUUAAUUCUGUUAGGUGUGAUAAAGGCACAGUGUUUGUAUUUAAAAUAAUCUCUUAUCAGAGAUGCAUAACUAAAGGAUUUUUGGGUGAAACAGAUGUCUAGAAUUUGCUUUAAGGGGAAGCUAGAAAGUGUAGUUUUUUGGCUGGGAGUAUUAUAUCCAGCCACUACCAGGUCUGUAAAGUUUGUCAUACUUUGGUGGCUUGCUUGUUGCUAUGAUGCUGGAAGCUAUGCCACUAGUAUUUCAAAUACCAACAAGGUCACCCAGGUGGACAGGUAUCAGCAGAGUUUCCAAACUAAGACAGACUAGGAAGAAAGACCUGGUGAUCUACUUUUGAAAAUUAUCAAGUGAAAAACCCAAUGGAUCACAACAGAAUAUUGUCUGAUAGGGAACAUCUAGCUCAAUUGGUGUAACACAGUCUAUAAAGAAAAUGUUCUUGGCUCUGCUUUGGUGAGUAGCAUCUGGGGUCUUAAAAGCCUGUGACUGGCCAUCUAGGAUACUCCACUGGGUCUCACCCCUUCAGGAGCAAGGAAUAAUGAAGAAAACUAAAGAUACAAGGGAAAGAUUAGUUCACAGGACUAAUGGGCCACAUCUACCACAGUCUCCACUAGAAUGAGUCCAGUACAACUAGAUGGUGCCUGGCUACCACCACUGACUGCUCUGACAGAAAUCACAAUAGAGGGUCCUGGACAGAACUGGAGAAGAAUGUAGAACAAAAUUCUAACUCAGAAAGACCAGACUUGCUGGCCUGACAGAGACUGGAGAAACCCUGAGAAUAUGGCCCCUGGAUACCCUUUCAGCUCAGUAAUGAAGUCACUCCUGAGGUUCACCCUUCAGCCAAAGACUGGACAGGCCCAUAAAACAAAACAAGACUAAAGGGGCAUACCAGCCUAGGGGCAAGGACUAGAAGACAGGAGGGGACAGGAAAGCUGGUAAUAGGGAACCCAAGGUUGAGAAAGGAGAAUAAUGACAUGUCCUGGGGUUGUUAACCAAUGCCAUAAAACAAUAUGUGUACUUACUGUUCAAUGAGAAGAUAGUUCUGUAAACCUUCAUCUAAAGUACAAUUAAUAGAAAAAAAGAGGAAUAUUGUCUGAUACAGUGUUGGAAGAUGAGCCCUCUAGGUCGGAAAAACACUCAAAAUAUAUAGUGGUUACAACAAUGGAUGAUCGUGAAGAUGGCACAAGACCAGUCAAUGUUUUGUUCUGUUGUAUGUGGGGUCACCAUGAGUCAGAAUCAACUUGACAGCAUCUACCAACAAUUGUGUCCAGAAGAAGAGAAUGAAUAUUGGGGGUAACUAGCUAUUUCUGUCACAACCUGUAAGAUUAUAAAUAUAUACAUUACAAAAAGUAAGGAAGCAAAAGAGAAUUCAGUCCCAUAUUCUUCAGUCUAUUUUAUUGAAUGUUUCUCGUGUCAGACAUUUAAUUCCAAAUUAGGGGCAGAAUUCCCCUCCUCUAGGAAAGAAAGUACCUGCAGGAGAGUUAGACAUCACUGUAUGAUUGUAUAUGUAAAAGCUAUUUGGGAGUUUGUGGGGAAAUAGUGGAAAGAAUGAGAAGAUGUGAGAUUUGGGAUGAGGAAAUUUGUGUUUCAGCCCCAACUGCUCUGUAAUAUUGAGCACAAAUUCUUCUGUAAAGUGAGAAUAGUAUAUAUUUACCUAUAUAACUCUCAUAAGGGAUAAAUAAUGGAAUCUAUGGGAGUGUUUUCUGUAAAUCAAUCAUCUUCAUAUAACUAUUAAACAAUAUUUUUAAAAAUCCCAUGAUGAUUAGUAUUUUGGGAAUUCUGUAUAAACCUCAAGCCUGUAUAGGAUACUCAGGUACUAUCUAGGUUAUAGAGAAAUAUGACAAGAUUCAAGGAUCCUUGGAGUUUAAAAACCAAUUGAGGGGUAGAAUACAUACCAGAAGCAAAUGGAUUUGUAAGUGGUUGUCACAUAUAUAGUAUAAGUGUGCUGAUGUAUAAAAUCUUUACAUUUAGAAAUGAUGCUGUUAUGGAUUGAAUUGUGUCCCCCAAAAAUGUGUAUCAGCUUGGCUUGGGCAUGAUUCCCAGUAUCGUGUGGUUUUGCACCAUUUUGUGAUCUGAUGUGAUUAUCCUGUGCUGUAAAUCCUAACCUCUACAACGUUGAUGAGACAGGAUUAGAGACAGAUAUGUUAAUGAGGCAGGACUCAAUCUACAGGAUUAUGUUGUGUUUUGAGUCACUCUCUUUUGAGACAUAGAAGAAGCUAGCAGAAAAGAGGGAGACCUCGUGCCACCAAGAAAGAAGAGUUGGGAACGAGUGCAUCCUUUUGACCCGGGGUCCCUGCGUUGAGAAGCUGCUAGAUCAGGGGAAGAUUGAUGACAAGGACCUUCCCCCAGAAUCCACAGAGAGGGAAAGCUUCCCCCUGGAGCCGGUGCCCUGAAUUCGGACUUUGAGAGAAUAAACUUCUGUUUGUUAAAGCCAUCCACUUGUGGUAUUUCUGUUACAGCAGCACUAGAUAACUAAGAUAGAUGCUAAGGGCUAAGUAUAUUGCAAUAUUGUAAAAAAUAAGUAAUACUGUUUUUUCUUUGGCUUUCUCAAUGUCACUAAGUAUUAAAGAUCGUAAAGCAAAAUAUCUAGUGAGAGACGAUAGACAUGCCUUCUCAUUAGAUAUUGAAAUACAUCAACUAAUUUAAUAAUAAAUUAAUUUUAAAAAGGAUAUUAUUUGGUUAAGUUCAUUGCCGUUGAGUUGAUUCCAACUCAUAGCGACCCUAUAGGACAGAGGAGAACUGCGCCAUUGGGUUUCCAAGGAGCACCUGAUGGAUUCAAACUGCCAACCUUUUGGUUAGCAGCUGAACUCUUAACCACUGCACAACCGGGGUUUCCAUUAUCUGCUUUGUAUGUUAAACUAUAUAGGAUGGAAAUUUUUGUAUAGCAGUUAAGAGUUGGCUCUGGACUGUCAGCUUGGUUUAACUCUCAGCUCGACCACUUUGGGAAUUGUUUUGUGCAGAAAUCUUGUGAGACCCCUCCACAAAUAGGGUGAUGAUUGUGCAAAGAGUGGUAUUGAAUUCCCGACCUGGAAAAAAUGGUAAUCCAGUGGCAGAGAACUUCCGCAUGGAAGAGGUCAAUUUACCAGAUAAUAUCACUGAAGGACAAGUACAAGUUAGAACUCUUUACCUUUCUGUGGAUCCUUACAUGCGUUGUAGAAUGAAUGAAGACACUGGCACUGAUUAUCUAACACCUUGGCAGCUGUCUCAAGUGGUUGAUGGUGGGGGUGUUGGAAUUAUAGAAGAAAGCAAACACAGAAAUUUGGCUAAGGGUGAUUUUGUGACUUCUUUCUAUUGGCCCUGGCAGACCAAGGUUAUUCUGGAUGGAAAUAUCCUUGAAAAGGUAGACCCGCAACUUGUGGAUGGACACCUUUCAUACUUUCUUGGAGCUAUAGGUAUGCCUGGUUUGACUUCCUUGCUUGGGAUACAAGAAAAAGGCCAUAUAACUGCUGGAUCCAAUCAGACAAUGGUUGUCAGUGGGGCUGCUGGUGCUUGUGGAUCUUUGGCUGGGCAGAUUGGCCAUUUGCUGGGUUGUUCCAGAGUGGUGGGAAUUUGUGGGACAAAUGAGAAGUGCCUCCUUUUGACCUCAGAACUGGGCUUUGAUGCUGCCAUCAAUUAUAAAAAAGAGAACGUGGCUGAAAAACUACGAGAGUCCUGCCCAGCCGGAGUGGACAUUUACUUUGACAAUGUUGGUGGUGACAUCACUGAUGCAGUGAUAAGUCAGAUGAACCAGAACAGCCACAUCAUCCUGUGUGGCCAGAUUUCUCAGUACAACAAGGAUGUGCCCUAUCCUCCCCCACUGCCCCCUGCUGUAGAAGCAAUCCGGAAAGAAAGGAGCAUCACAAGGGAAAGAUUUAUGGUGUUUAAUUAUAAGGACAGAUUUGAGCCUGGCAUUCUACAGCUGAGCCAGUGGUUUAAAGAAGGAAAACUAAAGAUCAAAGAGACUGUGAUAAAUGGAUUGGAAAACAUGGGAGCUGCAUUCCAGUCCUUGAUGACAGGAGGUAACAUCGGAAAGCAGAUAGUUUGCAUUUCAGAAGAAUUCACUUUGUAAUCUUUCAAAGAGUGGUCAUCAAGGAAAUGACAAAGAUUUCUCCCCAGUUUGUACGAAGAGUUUUCAAGAUACAUUUACAAAAAAAAAAAAACAAACUACUUAGAGUACAGAUAACUUUUAAUUUAAAUGUGAGCAUAGGUCAUAUUUUCUUGGCGCUUGAUACAUUCUUUCCUGUAUCAUAAAUGUCAUGUAUAUACUCUCCAUCUACCAUAUGAUUAUUUACAGUAAUAGACUGAAGUCAUGAUAUAGUUUCUUCUUUUUGAUAAAAUAUUACAUAUAUUUUUAUUAGAUAUUUUGAAGCCACUAUAGAUUUGAUGCAACUGUUUAGGGCUCUUACAAAAUAGAACAUAAUAAAUUAUUUUUUAUUAAUUUAAAAUAGUGCUCAAGAUACACCUUUUUAGUUCAGUUUUUUUUUUUUAUAUAAUGCUAAUAUUAAAAUUUGGAAACCCUGGUGGCAUAGUGGUUGAGUGCUACAGCUAACCAAGAGAGCGACAGUUCAAAUCUGCCAGGUGCUCCUUGGAAACUCUAUGGGGCAGUUCUAUUCUGUCCUAUAGGGUUGCUAUGAGUCAGAAUCGACCCGAUGGCAGUGGGUUUGGUUUUUUGGUUUUAAUAUUAAAAUUUAACAUUUUUGUGGCAAUCAGUUCCAAACAUUUAUUUGAAUAGCCCUGAACUUCCUGGGAAAGUCAACCUUGACAGAAUUUGGUUUUCAAAAUUGCUGAAAAGGUAAUCCUUUCUUUUUGAGAUUGUCUGUUUCUGCCAGCAGUUGAGUCAUACGAUUUAUGUUUAUCCAAAUAAGAAGUGGGUAAAGUAGGAUUUACCCUCUGAUUAAUAAAGUACGUUUUGUCAUGCAGUUUCCUUUAAAUUAAAAAGACACAAAACUUGUUUCUGACUACAAAGUAAAUUGGAGACAGAGGGGCUUGCUAGUGGGAGCUUCCGACUGCCCAUGUGCCUGGCACAGAAAGAUCAAUGUUCCUGAAAAAAAUGCAUUAAUGGGGGGAAACUCCUGCAAUGGGUGAAAUGGUAACUUUGGAGUAGGGGAGGGUGAAAGGUGUGUGAACAUAUCCAUAGACUUGGACUUUGGAACAGUGAACCAAUUUUUUGUGAGUACUCCAUGUUCAAGUAAAUGCUUCUUAGAGGGGUAUGUUUAUUUCCCCCCUUUCAUUUGUUCAAACUGAACUGCUUACCUGAAAGAUCUGGGCCCAGUCUUGUCACCCAUUAGCUAUAAGAUCUUGGGAAAAGUGACUUAACUUCUCCAAGCUCGCUUCCUCAGCUCUUAAAAAGGAAACAUCUCUGCCCUCUUUAUUUUAUAGGAAUGUUAGGUGAAGCAGAUGAAGUGUAAUAGAUGUGGAAGUAGUUUGCAAACUGGAAAACAUGGUAAAAAUAUAAGGUGUUGUUAUGCUUUGUACCUUCCCACCCAGUUUCAUUUAGAACACUGUGUCUUCUACUAAGAAUAUCCUUGUAUCCCCUUUCUUUUCAUCUCCUUUCUACUUAUUCAAACCCACCAUCCUCCAAGACCUAGAAGAACUUUUAGAGACUUUCCAGUCCAUUAGUCUUGCAAACUCUUUCACUGGACUCAUGUUUCUGCCAAUGUUUUAAAAUCUUUUCCUCCUUUGUGAUGUCUUGUCACAUCUAGUUUAAUUUUUCACACAUCUUUGCUUUCUGUUACCAGAAUUUAAGAUCUGUAUGACCAUUUUCUCAUCUAUGUGUUUUCAGCUUGGCAAGAGCCUUGAGAAGGCGCUUAGUAAAUCUUAGUAAAUCUGCAAAAGCCAGAAUUUGUUUAAGGCGGAAACCUGUCAGAGAAGGAAAACUUAACUAUUUUCCACUAAAAUGACUGAUAGAAAAGUAAGACUGCACCCUGUCAAAGGUGGAAAACUUGUAAGACCAGGAAAAACAAGGCAGUCCCUUUGAGUUCCGGCUCUCGUGGGUUUCACUCUAGUUGUUGAAUUGGAGAUGCAUUACAUGAUUCUUGAUGUAAGAACAGAAUUGGGAUUAAAAAAAAAAACCAUUGCCCUCAAGUCAGUUCCAACUCAUAGUAGAACUGCCCUGUAGGGUUUCCAAGGCUGUAAAUCUUUAUGGAAGCAGAUUGCCACAUCUUUCUUCAGUGGAGCAGCUGGUAGCUUUGAGCCUCAGACCUUUUUGUUAGCAGCUGAGUGCUUAACCACUGCCCCACCAGGUCUCUCUAGAAUUGGGAUGGCAUUUCCAUAUUGUAGAUGGAAGAGGGAUUUAAUGACAUCGUUUUUACAUAGGGUUUGGGGCGGGUUUGGAAGAUUUAGAGCUUAUGGAACAGUUUUGGGGUUGGGAAGCAGAGGAUUUGGGUUUGGAGUAGUAUGAAGAGAUGAAUAACAGAUUGGUUAAACUGAUGGAGACUUACUCUAGAGGAUGAUCUGUUGGUGUUUUGCCUAAUAAUUUACUGUAUAGCCUGGAAAGUCAAAGUAGAUAAAAAGCAUGUUUAAGUUAGCAAACACAUAUUGUCAAAUAGUUGUAAAGAUUUAGAAGGCAAAUAGAUAUAAACAUCACUUGGGAGUUUAAGGUGAUUAAAAAGAUUUAGACAACAAAGAGCUUUAGAAAAUGACAGGACUGACAGGGCAAAUUAAUAAAUGGUUGUAAACAUGCAUGUUCAAGACUUAACUGAAGUACCUCAACAAAAGCAUCUGUUGUGUUAGUUGUAAUCAACCGUUUAAAAUAGUAAAAUUGAGGAUUUUUUCUGAGUGUUGUAUUGCUUGAUGGUCACUUGUCACACACCGCAAUUUACUUUUGUAUAAAACAUUCGUAAUAAGUAUAUUAAAAUUGUGUUGGUAAUUGGUAACUUCA